AGUUCCUUGUAAAUUGGUUAGAAAAAUCCAUAAUUCUUGAAGAAAGCAUUUGGCCACGGGUGAACCUUAAGAAGUUAUUAAGGAGGAAAUGGAAGGACUUGUAAAUUAUAGCAGCGAAGAGGACCAAGAUGCAUAUCAAAGUCCAAAAGUGGCUGAACGUUCUGGUGGUUGUGGUAGCAGUACGGCCAACAUAUACGGUCGCGGGGGCGGCUAUGUGAAGCGCAAUACACGUUCCAGUAGUAGCUCUAGUGAUAGCCGUGAUAAUACACCCUCUCAUAAAAGCCAUAAAAAUGGUGAUGAUAUCGACGACUAUAGAACUGGAAAUGCAAAGCAUAGUAAAAGCAGUAGUCGCCAUUAUAAUGACGAGGACAAAUACAGAGUUUCGAAACGAAUUGAUACUCAUAAGGAAAGUCGCGAGAAACGAGAUUUUCGUCAUACCAAAGAAUCUAGGGAUUCUCGUAGUCAUAAAGGAGAAGAUUACAAGUCUUGUGACAAUGGCCAUAAAUAUGAUUAUAAAAAGCAUGGUGGUGACCGUUAUCGUUAUACCAGGGAUCAUAAAAAAGAACAUCGCCAUGAGGAUAAACCACGUAUUCUGCAGCGUCAUGAAGAGAGAAAAUCGAGCCGUUAUGAAUCCCCAAAACCACGACAUGAAGAUAGAAGAGCUCACGAGGACAGACGUAUGCACGACGAACGGCGCUCUGGUUGCGGUGGGCAUGAUGAAAAACGUUUUCAACGCUCUUACAACGAGGACAAAUGCUCCUUCUCGUCCAAGUAUCGUUAUAGGCGUUCACUUACACCACAAAAUGUAGCCAGUGGCGGCAAUACGGCGGGCAGGCGUUCAGAAAAGCAUGACGAUUAUAAGGGUUUUCGGCGUGAUCGUCAACGGGAUUCACGUUCGCGUUCACGUUCUCAGUCAAUUGAAAAGCACCAAAUAAAUCGUUCGCCAUCUAGUACAACUCAUGAUGUGCCUGAAAAAGAAGUGCACACGGAAGUUAGAGUUACUUCGCAGCAUGAAAGUAAUUAUGCAACUACUACGAAAUUACCUGCAGCGCGUAAUUUUGAGCAUCUCUGUAAUUUGCCAUUAGGCGAAACCGCUCCCAAACAGACGAAUACAACAUCUAUAAUGCCUGUGAUCAAUACUUCGCUUACCUCAAGUAACACGGCAACAACUACUGCUACAGUUCAAUUGCCCAGCUAUUACAACCCAAACGUUAUAAAUCCUAAUAAAUAUGCGCAGCAAAUGCAAAAGCGUAAACUCCUUUGGGGAGCCAAGAAAACCGAAGAUGCAGCUUCAAAAUGGGGUAACGCUCAAUUUUCACAAGAUACUGAUGGGAAGGUAGCGUCCAAAUUUAUGCGCUUAAUGGGCAUUAAGAAUAUGACGCCGGCUUCCGUCACCACAACGCAAACAGCAACUUCCUCUGCUAAUGGUGAGCAGAAUAACUCGAACUCUGCCGUUACCAGUUGCGAUGUAAAGACCCGGGAGGCCAUGUUUUCCAGUAUGGAGCAGCAAUACGAAGUAGCCCGCCAGGCUACUCAUACUAUGCGUGGCGUGGGCUUUGGUUUUAGCUCACAGGCUAGACCAUUUUAAAGCCUCGAACCAGAAUGAAUUUAAUUUUUUCUUUUCCUCAUUUCUCAUAAAAAUCACAACUGUUCAAGUUUAUAAACGACGUUGUACUAUGUAUUCUAAUGUGUUAUAUUGAAAUUUUAGUUUUUAACUCGAUGAAUGUUA